AUGACAGCCAAAGCGCGUCGCGUAGCCGUAAUCGGCGCCGGGCCCGCGGGCGCCAUAGCCACCGACGCACUAGCCAAGGAGCAAGCAUUCGACACGAUCCGGGUGUUCGACCGGCGGCCCGGGAUCGGCGGGACCUGGAUCUACACUCCGCACCUGCCUCCCGCGAUCCCGUCUCUGCCGGACCUGGUAUCCGGAAAGGCGGACGUCGCGAUCGAGCCGCCCGCGAUACUGCCCGCGACCACGCCCGUGUCCGAGGAGGUCAACGGGCACCAGCGCCGGUUCGCGGACACGGCGCUGCACGAGAACUUGCACAGCAACAUCAUACCCUCUAUCAUGAGCUACACGCAGGAGCCCUUCCCUGAUAAGCUGUCCCCGCGCACGCUGGCGGAGCACGGGCCCGACGCGCCGUUCCGGCAUCAUGCCGUCAUCCGCGAGUGGAUCGAGGGUAUCUUUUCGCGUGGCGGGUACGAGAAGCUGGUCGAGCUGAACACGACGGUGGAGCGGGCUGAGAAGGUUAAUGGGGAGUGGGUGCUGACGCUGAGGAAAGAGGCGCUGGGGAGGAAUUAUUGGUGGAGGGAGACGUUCGAUGCUGUAGUUGUGGCUACGGGUCACUACAAUGUACCCUGGUUUCCGAGUAUACCGGGUCUCCUGGAAUACGAUAAGCGAUUCCCCGGGAGGAUACAGCAUAGCAAACACUUCCGCAACUCAUCGAAAUUUAAGGGAAAGCGGGUGGUCGUGGUAGGGGGCUCCAUAUCUGCGCAUGAGGUCAUCCACGAAAUUCUAGACAUCGCCCAGACCCCCAUCUACGCAUCCGUGAGAGGGGAGCCCAUCCCAGCUUUCGGAUGGGAGCCAUUCUUGCAUCCAGAUAUAAUCGUCAAAAAAGAAAUAAAGCGCCUAGACCCAGAGACUGGACGUAUCGAUUUUGUUGACGGCUCAACCCUCGACGAUGUGGAUUACAUCGUCUUCGGAACUGGUUACACCUUUAGCGUCCCGUAUAUCCCACACGUCCAAGAGCGGAUCAGGAAUGCCUACCGUCGUCUCCCCGGCGUGUAUCAACACACAUGGGAUAUAGAAGAUCCGACGUUAACUUUUGUCGGAAUGCUCGGCGGCGGCUUCACCUUCCGUGUAUACGAAUGGCAAGCCGUCGCAGUCGCGCGGCACCUCGCCGGACGCGCGAACCCGCUUCCCCCUAUCCCCGAGCAACUAGAGUGGGAGCGGAAGCGCGUGGCCGAGCGAGGUGGUGGCAAGGACUACUACUCGAUUGCGCCCGACUAUGGGGUUUACUUCGAAUUUUUGAGGGGCAUCGCCGGGGAGCCGGCACCGGGUACCACAGGGCGCGUGCUGCCUGCUUUCGACGAAAAGUGGUUGGAAGUCUGGACGGGUAUGGUUACCCACAAGAUCGAGGGCUUCAAGCGUAAGAGGAGGAGGGCAGAGGAGAGCAGGGGCCGGGUGAGGGCGAAGUUGUGA